CUGAGGAGGCCUGAGGUGGCCUGAGGAGGCCUGGAGGGGCGUGACAACCCGCAGAGGCGAAGCGGGAAGCCGGCUCCGUCGUCGUGUCCCUGCGGACUUUGCACCCAAGCAUUCGAGCAUAGUCAGGACGAUGAGUGACUGACGUUAGUUCAUUGGGAAGUUAACCUGCGGGGGAGGAGGGGAAUAAGGGUAGGCAGGGGUGGGGUAGUUCAUGAGUCCCCACCCCAGGAAGGAAUGGCGGGCUGGGUUUUGGGCAGUGGCGGGGUGUGCAAUUGAAGAAUAACUUAGCUUUCAUAAUAAACGGUGCAACGGAGGCUUACCUAGCAUUCCUACCUGAGCGCUUCUUGCCAAGGCCCCUCCCCCAUCCCCUUUUAAAUCCUCAACAAUAAAAAAACAGAGGCCAGAAGACAACCUCAGGUGUCAUCCUCAGGCCGUCCGUCCGUCUACCCCUCACCAGCUCGGCUCCAUGGGGCAGCUGUUCACAGAUUCCCGUCUCCCCAGGACAGUGUUCGAUCCAAAAGGAUUAUACGCUUGUUAUCCUUGUGUUCAGUCAAGAAAUAAAAUCUCUAAGGUGAGGAUUUUGAAGACGGGACAUUGAAUUAAAGAAAACUUUUAGAUUUGUCACAAACAUCGUUAUCUGUAAUGAAGAUCACGGUAGAAGAGAAGAUACGGCAAGAUCUUCGUGUACCACUGGAUCUGGAUUAGAGAUUUUUUAAAAAGAAAGUUAAAAUUGUUUACUUUUGUUUAGUGUUCCAAUUCAUAAUAUUUAUUUAUUUAUUUUUGGUAUUUGGGACUGAAUAUAGGACUUCAUGAAUGUUAGAUAUACACUCGGUCCCUGAAGUCUAUCCCCAUAUUCCUUUCUCUAAGUAUACUAAGAGUAGAAAUUAAAAUUCAGUGCUAAGUCACAGGAUAAAAUAUUACUCAUUCUGGCGUUCCCCCCCGCCCCCCACCGCCUAUUUUUGUAUCUGAAAAAGAGUAGCUAACCAAGAGCCUUAGUCAUUCAUAAUGAAAUACACCAAAUGCAACUUUGCGAUGUCGGUUUUUGGCAUUAUGAUCUAUGUGACUGACUUGGUUGCGGACAUCCUCCUAUCUGCUAGGUAUUUCCAUGAUGGACAAUAUGUGUUUGGUGUUUUAACUUUAAGCUUCGUGCUUUGUGGAACACUCAUAGUCCAGUGUUUUAGCUACUCAUGGCUGAAGGAUGAUUUAAAGAAAGCAGGACAAGAAAGCGAGCGUUAUUUUCUUCUACUUCAUUGCUUGCAAGGAGGAGUUUUUACAAGGUAUUGGUUUGCCUUGAGAAAGGGUUACCAUGUGGUUUUCAAACACAGCAGCAGAACGAGGAGUUUUACGGAGGGACAAACGGAUCCUCACAAAGAGGCUAUAGACGCAGCCACUGACUUGAGCAUGCUCAGGCUGUUUGAGACCUACCUGGAAGGCUGCCCACAGCUCAUUCUUCAGCUCUACGCCUUUCUGGAGCGCGGCCAGGCAAACUUAAGUCAGUAUGCAGUCAUCAUGAUUUCCUGCUGUGCUAUUUCUUGGUCAACAGUGGAUUAUCAAGUAGCUUUAAGAAAAUCCUUGCCUGAUAAAAAUCUGCUUGGUGGACUCUGCCCCAAACUCACAUACCUCUUUUAUAAGUUGUUUACCUUGUUAUCAUGGGCUCUGAGUGUUGUGCUUCUGCUCUUUAUGGACAUGAAGGUGGCUUUGUUUCUGUUGUUAUUUCUUUGGCUCAUGGGUUUCAUUUGGGCAUUUAUACAGCAAACACAGUUUUGUAAUUCUCUAAGUAUGGAAUUCUUAUAUAGGAUUGUUGUUGGAUUCAUCCUUGUGUUUACAUUUUUUAAUAUCAAGGGACAGAAUACCAAAUGUCCAAUGUCUUGCUAUUAUAUUGUAAGGGUGCUAGGCACUCUGGGAAUCUUGACUGUGUUCUGGGCUUUUCCUCUCUCUAUUUUUAAUUCAGACUAUUUUAUUCCUAUUAGUGCUACCAUAGUUCUCGCUCUUCUCCUUGGGAUUAUUUUUCUCACUGUUUAUUAUGGAAUUUUUCACCCAAACAGAAAUGCAGAAACACAGUACGAUGAAACUGAUGGGAACUCAGCACAGAGAGAUUGUAGAAUGAGAUAUUUUCUAAUGCACUAAGUUAUGAAUUUAUGAGAAAUGUUUUAUUUUUGUUUCAUCACCUAGUAAAGAAAAUGUUAUAUGCA